AUGGGUACAAGGCCCGGUCCGGUGGGCAUUUAUGCCUUGUACCACCUCACCUUCCUGCCCUUCAGGUUCCGAGGGUACCGAGUAAAGAGUAGGUUGACCUUUCAACUUCUCGCCUUCAUUGUGCAACUCCAACGACUCAGACGAAGCAGUUACCUAAAAUCAAGCAUUGCGAGUCUCUUGCUGGUCCGCUCGACUAAUAACGAAGAAACCCCCGCGACUACUCAACCUCUCGAACCGUCGCAUGCCAUGGACAAGUGGGUUGUCAGAACGGCUCGCCCGCCCAAAAACCCGGCCGUAGAAGAGAUCCUGCCUUCGUCGUCACCUCGAUCCUCUUCCCCGGCGCAGCGCCCGCGUCGUGCGCCCGCCACCUACACCCUCGAAGAACCGACGCUCCUACCCCCGGACGACUCGACCGCGUACAUAAUAGACCAGGAGAUGCAGGCGCGCCCGGGGGUUGCGUCGGACGGAAAGAUGUUCCCGCUGUGUCGCGGGUACUGGAUCGGGUGGCGGGACCUGGCAGGCGCGAGCAUCUUCGUGCCGGCGGACCGUGUGCUGGAUUACGUGUCUCCCUACACGCUUGAGCAGUUCGAAUACGUCCAGUGGAAAGCGCUCCGCGAGGAGCGCCGAGCUGAAGAGGAAGAGGAGAGGUACCUGAAUCUGAAUGGGAACGGGCCCGCGCAGACGACGAAGGCGGCGGGCGUUCCCAAGGUCCUCGCGACAGGAGGAGGAAAAGGCGGCGCCAGGCGUCCCGGGCGUCCUCCGAAGCAUGGGCCCGGACCGUCGAGAAAGGAGGCCGAGGCGAUCCCCGUCGACGAUGCGGCGAUCGAAGAGGAGAUUAGGAAACGGUCCAAAGACCAGCCGAGGGAGGUGGGGCCAUCCCUCUCGACCCCGCAGAAACCGCGCAUGCUCGCGCUGGCGGCUUCGGCUGCGGCGGCGAGCGGCGAAAGCGAGGACGCUGCUCUGUACAAGCAGUUGUAUGGGGAGACGCCGUCCGAGGCCUCUUUAUACGAGUCCGAGGACGAGCCCCGAGGAAGCGCCUUCGGAGCUCCUCGCCUAUCAAGGGCUCACCUCCCCGGCGGCGUCCGGCCAGCCCUGAUGAGCCACCUACGCCUACGCCGAAACCUACCCGUACUGCUGCGCCGCCUCCUCCUCGGCAACCCUACGACUAGCGCUACCCCUUCCGGCAGACAUCGCGCCAGCGCCAAGGCCACCCCGUCCACCUCGCGCAAGCGCCGCGCCGAUCAGCGAACGACUCCUCCAUCCGCGCCCACCUCCAAGCCCCAACAUUCACCCGCAAAGAGCACGCAGCCGGCUAGUACCGUUUACGCUGAACCCCCGCCAGAACCCUCCGACGUGCAGUACGAAGUAAAACGGAUUGAAGGCGUCGAGGACUUUGUCGUCAACGGCCGCGUGGUGCCCUACUACCUCGUCCGCUGGGAGGGCGACUGGCCGCCUGAGCAGAACCCCACCUGGGAACCUGAGGAGAACCUGCCGCCCACGCUCGUGCGCAAAUUCCUCAGCAAGAACAGUACUCCCCGCGCCCAUGGCGGCGAGAGUCGGAACCGCACCCCGAACCGCAGCCGUAAUCAGAAGCACGGUCGGCCCCCGCCUAGCGCCUGGCCCGAACGGAGGUACUCGAGCGUCACCGAAGUCUUUGAGGAUCCCAUCGACAUCAUCACUCCCGCUGUCGUCGCCCCCGUGGUGGGCGGAACUGGUCUUGCUGACUCGAGCGAGGAGGAUUCGGCAUCCGAGGACGAAGAGAUGUUUCAAGUCACCGAGCGCCCUGCGGGAGGUUCUUCGUCGUCUACUCGCGAACCAUCCGGUAGCCGCUCCGGGCCCUUUAUACCCCGGUUCGGCAUCUUUUGA